AUGGCCGAGCCUGCUCCAACAGUCGGUGGCACAAUGAGACGUGUGCCGUGCCGACUCGGCCAGGAUCGUGACGGCGCAGCCCAUGUCAUACAGGUGUCGCAUCCACCUCAUACAACAAAUUACAGCGACCCGACAUUACACAAACUGGCGGACGGCAGUGCACCGACUCGGGAUGCUAACCAGGCGUCGGCGCAGAUUCAUGACCUUCCAGGCAUUGCUUGGCAACACCUGUUCCCCCCGGGCAAUGGCCAAGCAACGACAACUCCCAGGGAGGAAGGGGAAAGCCCACCGAGCUCUGGGAUCUCUGCUACUUUACCGAGUCGGAAUGCUUUCGCUUAUCGAUUCCUAGCCGUCAACAAUCUCAAUUCUAUAUCCUCUCAGGACAUCAACUUCCUUGAAUCGCAAAGUUGUUUCCUCGUCCCCGUUCGACAUAUCUUGGACGAGUUUGUGGAGCAAUAUUUUCAACAUUCCCAUCCACUGCUGCCCUUCCUCGACGAAGGUGGAUUCUGGGGCAUGUACUCUCCCCAGGCCCCGGAAGAUUCCGAGGGGACAAUGCCGCUGUUGGUCUUCUACUCGAUACUGUUUUCGUCCUGCAACUUCGUAUCACAAGCUAGCAUAGUCGCGCUAGGCUUCCCAAGCAUUCGUGCCGCCAGAGCUUCUGUGUACAGGAGGGCAAAGCUGCUGUAUAAUCUUGAGACUGAGUUGUCUCCUGUCCAUCUUUCACAAGCCGCCCUCCUCACCUACUGGUCUCCAUCCGACUCGUAUCGGCUCAAGAGACCCCACUCCACAUGGCUGAGUAUGGCAAUACAGAAUGCCCAGGCCGCACAAGCCCCGAAACAUGCGGCCAUGUACACCAUCUCGAAGACGGUCGAUGUGAAGCACUACAAAAGACAAAUCUCACUAAAGCGUUUGUUAUAA